CCUCGAGCGGAGCUUUCCGUUUAUUUUCUUGUGUGAUUCCAAAUUCUGUUUGUGUUCGAAUCUAGCUAGCUUACUGGAUUGUAGAUGCUGGGGUUUCUCUUUCGGAUCGAGUUAUCAGCUGCGAUAAAUAGAUAAAGUAGCCGGCGACGGAUUUAAAUAAUCCUGUCUAUAGAUACAACAGUGUCUCGCAAACCACUGUCAAGUUGUGAAGAUGAGUGUGGAAGCGUAUGGGCCGAGUUCUCAGACUCUAACCUUCCUGGAUACCGAGGAAACUGAGUUGCUUGGAGCUGAUACCCAAGGCUCUGAGUAUGAAUUCACUGAUUUUACACUUCCUAGUCAAACGCAAACUCAAGGCCAGACCCAAAGUCAGCUGGAUAAUCAGGUAAAUGGCCCCGACGAAGUUUUACAAAACGGACCACUUGAUGAUUCUGUUGCUAAAACAAGUCAACUUUUAGCGGAACUGAACUUUGAGGAAGAUGAGGAGGAUGCCUAUUACACCAAAGACCUACCAGUGCAUGCCUGCAGCUACUGUGGCAUUCAUGAUCCAGCAUGUGUGGUGUACUGCAACACAAGCAAGAAGUGGUUCUGCAAUGGGCGAGGCAACACCUCUGGGAGCCACAUUGUGAACCACCUGGUGAGAGCCAAGUGCAAGGAGGUGACUCUUCACAAGGAUGGGCCCCUGGGAGAGACUGUGUUGGAGUGCUACAACUGUGGCUGUCGCAAUGUGUUCCUCCUGGGCUUCAUCCCUGCCAAGGCUGACUCGGUGGUCGUACUGCUGUGCAGGCAGCCGUGUGCGAGUCAGAGCAGCCUGAAGGACAUCAACUGGGACAGCUCUCAGUGGCAGCCACUUAUCCAGGACCGCUGCUUCCUGUCCUGGCUUGUGAAGAUCCCCUCCGAACAGGAGCAGCUCCGGGCACGCCAGAUCGCUGCCCAGCAGAUCAACAAGCUUGAGGAGCUCUGGAAGGACAAUCCCACUGCAACCCUGGAGGACCUUGAGAAGCCUGGUGUGGACGAGGAGCCUCAGCACGUGCUGCUACGCUAUGAGGAUGCCUACCAGUACCAGAACAUCUUUGGGCCUCUGGUCAAGCUGGAGGCCGACUAUGACAAAAAGCUCAAAGAGUCCCAGACCCAAGACAAUAUAACUGUCAGGUGGGACCUGGGACUGAAUAAAAAACGGAUUGCUUAUUUCUCAUUACCCAAGACGGACUCAGGUGAUAUGAGGCUGAUGCAGGGAGAUGAGAUCUGUCUCCGGUAUAAAGGUGAUCUGGCUCCACUUUGGAAAGGGAUUGGACAUGUCAUCAAAGUACCAGACAAAGAUUAUGGAGAUGAGAUCGCAAUUGAAUUGCGAAGCAGCGUUGGAGCGCCCAUUGAAGUCACACACAACUUCCAGGUCGAUUUUGUGUGGAAGUCCACCUCCUUUGAUCGAAUGCAGAGUGCCCUAAAGACCUUUGCCGUGGAUGAGACCUCCGUGUCUGGGUACAUAUACCACAAGCUUCUGGGCCACGAGGUGGAGGACGUCCUCAUCAAGUGUCAGCUUCCCAAGCGUUUCACUGCCCAGGGUCUUCCUGACCUUAACCACUCUCAGGUGUAUGCGGUGAAGACUGUUCUCCAGCGUCCUCUCAGCCUCAUUCAGGGUCCGCCUGGGACGGGUAAAACGGUCACCUCGGCAACCGUAGUGUAUCACCUGGCCAGACAGGGCAAUGGGCCUGUGCUGGUGUGCGCUCCCAGUAACAUAGCUGUGGACCAACUGACGGAGAAGAUCCACAUGUCGGGGCUGAAGGUGGUGAGGCUGUGUGCCAAGAGCAGAGAGGCCAUCGACUCGCCCGUCUCCUUCCUGGCUCUGCACAACCAGAUCCGCAACAUGGACAGCAUGCCAGAGCUCCAGAAGCUGCAGCAGCUGAAGGACGAGACCGGAGAGCUGUCCUCCGCGGACGAGAAGCGCUACAGGGCUCUGAAGCGCACCGCUGAGCGAGAGCUCCUCAUGAAUGCGGAUGUGAUCUGCGGCACGUGUGUUGGUGCUGGGGACCCUCGGCUGGCUAAGAUGCAGUUCCGCUCCAUCCUCAUCGACGAGAGCACCCAGGCCACGGAGCCCGAGUGCAUGGUGCCCGUGGUGCUUGGGGCCAAGCAGCUGAUCCUGGUGGGAGACCACUGUCAGCUGGGGCCGGUGGUGAUGUGUAAGAAGGCGGCCAAGGCGGGCCUGUCCCAGUCUCUGUUUGAGCGGCUGGUGGUUCUGGGCAUCAGGCCCAUCCGCCUGCAGGUGCAGUACCGCAUGCACCCCGCCCUCAGUGCCUUCCCCUCCAACAUCUUCUACGAGGGCUCGCUGCAGAACGGAGUCACCGCAGGUGACCGCAUUAAGAAAGGCUUUGACUUCCAGUGGCCUCAGCCGGACAAGCCCAUGUUCUUCUACGUGACCCAGGGCCAGGAGGAGAUCGCCAGCUCCGGCACCUCCUACCUCAACAGGACCGAGGCGUCUAACGUGGAGAAGAUCACCACGCGGCUCCUGAAGGCCGGCGCAAAGCCGGAUCAGAUCGGCAUUAUCACACCCUACGAGGGCCAGAGGUCUUACCUGGUGCAGUACAUGCAGUUCAGUGGCUCCCUGCACACUAAGCUCUACCAGGAAGUGGAGAUUGCCAGUGUGGACGCCUUCCAGGGCCGUGAGAAGGACUUCAUCAUUCUGUCCUGUGUGCGUGCGAAUGAGCACCAGGGCAUUGGUUUCCUCAACGAUCCACGGCGUCUCAACGUGGCUCUCACCAGAGCAAGGUACGGCGUGAUCAUCGUGGGCAACCCCAAGGCCCUGUCCAAGCAGCCGCUGUGGAACCACCUGCUGAACUACUACAAGGAGCAGAAGGUGCUGGUGGAGGGGCCCCUGAACAACCUCCGGGAGAGCCUCAUGCAGUUCAGCAAGCCCCGCAAGCUGGUCAACACCAUCAACCCCGGUGCCCGCUUCAUGACCACGGCCAUGUAUGACGCCAGAGAGGCCCUGAUCCCCGGCUCUGCGUACGACCGCAGCAACACAGGCCGUCCAAACAUUUACUUCCAGACCCAUGAUCAGAUUGGCAUGAUCGGUGCUGGCCCUAACCACGUGGCAGCCAUGAACAUGCCCAUCCCCUUCAACCUGAUGAUGCCACACAUGCCCCCGCCAGGCUACCUGGGCCAGGCCAGUGGCCCUGCUCUUGGGCGUGGAGGCCUUAAUAAAGGCAGAGGAGGUCGCGGUGGGCGUCAGAAGCCCCGUGGCGCUGCCAACCAUGGCAGUGGGCAAGGUAACAUUGGCAACAGCCAGGCCAGCCAGGAUGCAGCGUCUCAGCCAUUCUCCCAGGGCCCGCUCACCCAGGGCUACAUCGCCAUGAGCCAGCCCUCACAGAUGAGCCAGCCCGGCCUCUCCCAGCCUGAGCUGUCCCAGGACAGUUACUUGGGGGAUGAGUUCAAGUCUCAGAUCGAUGUGGCUCUGUCUCAAGACUCAACAUACCAGGGUGAACGUGCAUACCAACAUGGUGGAGUAACUGGACUGUCACAGUAUUAAAAUGGUGACUGAAGAGGCUCGAGGCGCAAGCUGAGCUUGGUCCAACUGCAUUUUAUUCUGGGGAAACACUAAAUAAACAGAACAUGGAGACCUGAUUUCCUCUGCCACGACUGGAGCGCCACUCUGUGAUGGCAACGGGAACAGGAACCAACCAAUCACAGGAGGGAGAAGGAGGAGCACCAACAGGAAAGAGAUAGAGAAGGGGAACAUACAAGAUGGAGGAAUGGCUGCCAGCCUGCGGAGAGAGAGAGAGAGAGAGAGAGCGGGCGAUCGGAGGGGGCCUGCUGCUCGCGCUCGGACUGUCUGACCCAAACAAACAAGUCCUCUCUCACGAGGGCACGACUCUCCCCCCCACACUCCACUCUGGCGCCCCCUACCUGAGGAGAGACCAGUGCAGCGGGGGGACCGGGGCUCUCUGAGCUGAGAGGGAGGUGAAGCUGAGCUCCUUCCCCAUCCAGCGAGCGCUACCCAGCCCAGAGGCACCGAGGCGCAGCUGCUGCACACUUACACAGUAAAGUUUGACCUUCAUCUCCGAGCUGACUGCUUGUGAAGCCUGCUUCAUAUUCUGACAUGGGUGAUCAGACUCCUGUGAGAGAGAAUUGGUAGAUUUGAACUCGUACCUGCAGAUCCGGGCUGAUCCCAUGGCCGACGGUUUCCAAAAUGAGCUGUAAAAAAAUUAAAACGAAGGUUUAACGGCUAGGUCUCUGCCUUGAGCUGGGCUUUCUGCGCCAUGCCCAGCUUUUCCUUUUAAACCAGCUUUUAGACCUGAACCACCACGGACUGCAUCUCGGUGCAAACCCUCAUUAGCUUCCCAAGCAGGGCUGUAGUAAGAUUAUUUUAAAAUAAAAGGUGAUGUUUGUUUCAGGCCUCUAGCUAUGGACUGUUGCAAGUUCACUGGCCCAAAUUUGGAUUCUUCCCCUGCUGAACCUACAGGGAAAUGGCAUCCCAAUCCCACAUUCAACCCUAUGACUUCAGUUGCUUUGCAUAUGGUGCGCUUUCUGUCCAGGUUGUUUAUCAGUUCAUUGUCAUUUCACCAAUUCAGUGUUUGUUUUCUGAAGACUUCAAACCGCAUUGCUCAGAUGUGUGACCAAAAUGCCAUUUGGACUGCGAUCUUAACAAUGCUAGACGAAACGCUUAUUUAGAUGACUUGGUGCGUUUUUGUUCUUCAUUCCACUAUUUUUCAUUUAAUGGCAAAUCUUUUAUUACCAGUGGUACUAUAUAAAGAUUAAAUGUACCACCCUAAUCAUUUUUAAAUCAUCAAAUCCAUUUGUCUGCUUUGUCGCAUAGAGUAGGAGACUAUAUAAGCUCACAUUAUAAGGCUGUCUGUGUCAUUAAGGGCUGCUUGUACAUUAGUCCAAGGCAGGGAUAGAAGCUGUAUGACCUAGUGAAAUGGUUAAAAAAAAAAACACUUUGCUUUUCCUUUCUUUCUUUUCCAAGCAUGACGGUCAAGAUUGACUUUUUCUGAAUCACUCAAGUAUUUCCUUAUUGGACAAAUGUCUGUCGGGAAGUGCUGGUUUAUCAAACAGAUUCAUGAUAACAAAUGUGCUGUAGGUUGAUUCGAGCAGCAGCUGUAUGACCAGGUACCCUUGGAUAGUGAAGUGACACAAAAGACUGCUGUGACAUGUUUGUUUGCUGUUUGCUGUGCUUUCCUUAACAAUGAAGUCUAGUCCUCACUCUCGGCACAUGCCUUUAUGAAGGUGGUUACACAGCACUGCUCUGUUAUCUGUUUGCCACACUUCUCUUCAAACGGUUCCCUUGAGUCAUGAGUAGACGGGGUGUGUGUGGUGGUGUAGGUACAGUUUUGCUUGGGGUUACAGAACCACCGUUCAUCUUAGUAGUACUCCACCAUAGACUAGCACUACCACCAAGUGUAGGAGGGAAUAACUGCUUUGAGUCCAUCAAGGUUUUUACAAAUAUUUCAGUUCAUGACAAUCAUGCCCAUAGAAUUUAUAUUUCAGUAACCAAGUGAAAUGUGUGUGUAGGAACCUGAAAUACUAGACAUGGCAGUGGUCGUCAUGGUAAUUACCUCAGCACUGAGACAAAGCCAUGAUGGAGAAUGAAACCUGAGCCAAGCAGAAGCCAUAAUGAUGAUCAGCCAGAACGCAAAACCUUUUAUGUCUUUAUUUGUUUAAUACCUGCCCCAAAAAAUCCCUCUUCCCAUGAUUCCCUAAGAGCUGUCCCCAGUCUCCUCUCAGGAGACGGAGGAUGUUCCCUAUCACGGACAGCCAGUAGUGCAGUAGAGGCCCACCUUAUGUGUGGAGUUUUCAUGUUGGCUUUGGGGGCUGUUUUCACCAGUUUAUCUUGUAAUCACAUUCCUGUGUGGUUGAUUUUAUUUUUCCAAUAAAGCUUAAAUGCUCACAUCCA